GUCGAUGCCGUUAUCAGCUAACAGCAGGCAGGGUUUGUUGCAAUUGCAUUAGAUGAGGAGCAUCUUAAGCCGGUGUCAUUGGAGCGGAGCAUGAAAAUAUGAAUUUAUGAGAUCAGUUCAUCGUCGUAUGGAGCCAUACUGUUGCAGAAAUGAAGAUCUGGAGCACGGAACACAUAUUCAGCUACCCUUGGGAAACUGUAAUCAAAGCAGCUAUGAGGAAAUAUCCCAAUCCAAUGAAUCCUAGUGUGGUUGGAGUGGAUGUCCUCGAUAGAAAUAUGGAUACAAAUGGACGUCUACACAGUCAUCGGCUACUGAGCACAGAGUGGUGCCUUCCAGGGAUUGUCAGAACGAUUUUAGGGUCAAAUCGAACCCUCACAUAUGUAAAAGAACAUUCCAUCGUGGACCCAAAACAAAAGAAAAUGGAGCUUUGCUCAACAAAUAUAACCCUAACAAAUUUUAUAUCUGUUGAUGAAAGGCUCGUCUACACACCUCAUCCAGAAAAUUCAGAAAUUACUGUAUUAACCCAAGAGGCGAUUAUCACGGUUAAAGGCGUCAGCCUUAGCAGCUACUUGGAGGGGUUAAUGGCUUUAACCAUGUCAGCUAAUGCAAGGAAGGGAUGGGAUGCCAUUGAGUGGAUCAUUCAGAACUCUGAAAGAGAAAAUUUCCCCAUGUGUGACCUCUGUUGAACAGGGAUGACGUUUAAUCCAGCAUCUGUUUUUUGAGCCCACGAAUGAUGACCACAUGAUCUGGAAUAACAACAGCACAGCAGCUCUGAAACACCAUGACUUUACCUCAGCUUUUGUGGUGUUAAAGGCUGUCAAGGUAGUCAAAUGUGCUAUUUUAUGCACUUGCUGUGAAAAGGGGUUAAUAUCUCAUAAAAAUUGCACCAUUACAGAAAAAUUCUGUAUAGAGUUGAAAACGUUGAUACAAAAUAUGUAUUCACUGCACUGACUACCUCUAGUUCAGUUAUUUUCAUGUGAUAACAGAAGUCUCUGUAUCAACUGGAUUUUAAAUUAUAAUGAAAAAACUGAUACCAGAGUAUUAAAACUGCUAUUUAAUUGACUUUAAUAUGUUCUAAUAUGUAUCUGUAUAGUAUGAAUGAGAGGUCAACUUGUCUAAACAAUUUUGAUCGAUUUUAUUUAAGUUUGUUUCAGAAAUGUCAGAUUUGCAUGAAUAGGCUUUAAGUAUAAUUUAAAUACAUUUUAGCUAAAACUGAUAGAAUGUGUACUGUCAAUAGGUUUUGUAGUAAAUAUUUAUAUUAAAGUUUAUGCUGCAUCAUAAUUCCUUGUUAUGAGACAAAAACUUUACAUGUAACAAAAUUGCAUUAAUUUAUGUUCAAAUAAAUUGUCAAGGCCUUACAGAGCCCCCUUCUGUUGAGUGAGUGUAAGAACAAUUAUUGAAAAGAGUUGAAACUGCACCUUUUAAGAAGUUGUGCAUAAUGUGCAAUCUUGUAAGAGUAACAGUAUCUUCAUUUAGUGUAUGAUUAAAUAUUUGCUCCUUAAACGGCUAUUUUUGAAGAAUUUAAAAACGUAGCAUACUAUCCAUUUGGCACACGUCAAACCUGUACUAUACUAAACUGACUGCGAAAACAAUAAAUAUGUAUAUAAAAGGUUAGAUAACCAAUAUAAGAAUGUUUUGCUGUAAUUUGUUAAUAAUUUAGGGCAUUUUUAAGGCAUUUCCCAUGACAUUUAACCUCAAGGCCUGCCUGGUUAAUGACCGCUCUUUAUAACAAAUAUUAAUGAGAACCAAUUAUUUAUUCUACAUCCUUGCCCAAUUAUUUUUUACUUGACCUAAAGCAUACAUUUUUAUUUCAUAGAGUAUCUUUGACACAUUUAUUUUCCAAAUGUUGAAUUCAAGGUAAUAGUACUAUUUACUAUUGCAUUCAAUUUUAUUGUUUCAAAGAUAUUAAAUUGACUGAAAUGAUAACCAGUUUAACAGGAGUUUGCACUUUAUUUAAAAAUGAUUAAAAAAACGGGUCAGCAUCUUUUCCCUAAUGAUCUUACAUUAGACAAGCAGAACAAAACUUAACUGGGUUCGUAAUUGUCAGAUGCUUCAGAAAUGUGUGUUGUUAUUUAGACAUAAAGAUAGAUAAAU